AGGACCUAGACACCUCCCUCUGAGUUUGUCGUGAUGAGAAACCUCAGGAUGAGCCUGUUUCUAGUCAGUUUUUGAUGAGAAAUCUAUGGCUCCUACUGUAUAAAAUCAGAAGAAAGAGGGUGAAAUAAAGCAAAACAGAGGCCAGAUUUUUACAUCGGAGAAUACUGGUAGUAUUAGGAAGCACUGGUGCAGCUUGAAGAUAUACUUGCGAUGGAGUAUCCCUCAUCACCCUCGAAGACUUUCCAUGAACUUAAUUUUCAGGUCUCUUACUUAUUUUUGCCAUCGUCCUCAAGUAAAAGGAUCAUGCCAAUCUGCUAUGGAUGGAGUUACUCAUUUUCGGACGAUAAUCAUGUAGUCAAUGAUUUUUUGUAUUUGGUUUCAUCUUAGUACAAAAAGAACCUUGAUUAUGAGGCUUUUACACGAACUACUUCUACCACUUCUAGUCGUGAAUAAAAGGUAAGCACGACCAAGAUGAUUACGUAUAGGGGGAACGGGAGUGGGAGAGAACGAGAAGAUUUUUUUAUACCACGCGCAACCUACCUCUACUGAGAAAGGGACGCUGAUCAAGAACGUGAUCAGUUAUGAUUAAGAAUAUUACACCUACACGAUUAUCCAUGUCCAUGUGGCUCUCCUGGUGGAUUUGCUACGACAGAUCAAGCUUACAACGUACCUCCACGACCACGUUUCUACAACAACUAACUAGUAUUAUAGAACUCACUAAAUUUUCCUUUUUUUCCUAGUAAGGUCUGCUCCACCACAAGUAUUAUAGAUCUUACCAGAACAACAACACCACGUGUCGGGUUCUACUCGAACCCAAAUCGUCCCAACCCAAAUCGUACUCGUCCCAAAUCGGCCAGGCCGCGGUGCAGCGGACCCUGAACCUUAUUAACCUUAUCCUCAACGUGCCAGUUGUUCUUGCAUUUACUUGUGACUAGCAAGAACGCCCCUUGCCACUACUUAUUAAGCACAUAGUACUUAUGCAAUCGGCGUUGCACUCUCCUUCCCUACCCCCUCUUUCGCUCCCCUCCGUUACUUAAUAGAUUUUACAGUCCCUUGGCCUUGCAUCUUCAUGCCAGGUGUACGAAU